AUGGCCGCCGACGUCUUCAUGUGCUCCCCGCGCCGGCCCCGCAGCGGGGGCCGCCCGGUGCUGCUCAAGCCCCAGGUGCCCGAGGACGACGACGACUCGGACACGGAUGAGCCGUCCCCGCCGCCCGCCUCCGGUGCGACCGCCGCGGCCCGGCCCCACGCGAGCUCCGCGCCGCCGCCGCCCCGGGCCGGGCCGGGCCGCGAGGAGCCUCCGCGCCGCCAGCAGAUCAUCCACAGCGGCCACUUCAUGGUGUCUUCGCCGCACCGCGAGCACCCGCCCAAGAAGGGCUACGAUUUCGACACGGUCAACAAGCAGACGUGCCAGACCUACAGCUUCGGCAAGACCAGCUCCUGCCACCUGUCCAUCGACGCCUCGCUCACCAAGCUCUUCGAGUGCAUGACUUUGGCCUACAGUGGGAAGUUAGUGUCUCCAAAGUGGAAGAAUUUCAAAGGCCUGAAGCUCCAGUGGAGAGACAAGAUCCGGCUCAACAACGCCAUCUGGCGGGCUUGGUACAUGCAGUAUCUGGAAAAGCGCAAGAACCCCGUGUGUCACUUCGUCACUCCCCUGGAUGGCUCUGUUGAUGUGGAUGAGCACCGCCGGCCAGAGGCCAUCACCACAGAAGGGAAGUACUGGAAAAGCCGCAUCGAGAUCGUGAUCAGGGAGUAUCACAAGUGGAGGACCUACUUCAAGAAAAGGCUACAGCAGCACAAGGAUGAGGACCUCUCCAGCCUGGCCCAGGAUGAUGACAUGCUGUAUUGGGACAAGCAUGGGGAUGGGUGGAAGACCCCAGUCCCCAUGGAGGAGGACCCCCUGCUGGACACGGACAUGCUCAUGUCAGAAUUCAGCGACACCCUCUUCUCCACGCUCUCUUCUCACCAGCCCGUGGCCUGGCCCAACCCACGGGAAAUAGCACAUCUGGGAAAUGCAGACAUGAUCCAGCCGGGACUCAUUCCUUUGCAGCCCAACCUGGACUUCAUGGAUACUUUUGAGCCUUUCCAGGACCUCUUCUCUUCCAGCCGCUCCAUUUUUAACUCCCUGCUGCCUGCACCUGCCUCAGUAUCUGUACCGGAUCCCAACAGCCCACCUGCACAGGAGAGCAUCCUGCCGACCACCACGCUUCCCACUGUGAGCCUUCCCGACAGCCUCAUCGUGCCCCCUACGGCCCCCUCCCUGGACCCUGCUGAUGGGCAGGCCUGUGAACACACCUCCCAGACCAGGGACCCCUUUAUCCAGCCCACAGACUUCGGCCCCUCAGAGCCACCACCGAGCGUCCCGCAGCCCUUCCUCCCGGUUUUCACCAUGCCCCUGCUGUCCCCCAGCCCUGCCCCGGCACCUGUGUCCCCAGCGCUGCCAUUGGUUCCUCCCCCUGCUACCACUCUGAGCCCCCCGGCUCCACCUGCCUUCCUUCAGCCACAGAAAUUUGCUGGAGUCAGCAAGUCACCCUCCGUCAUCACCCACACAGCCUCUGCUACCCUCACCCACGACGCCUCUGCCACCUUCAGCCAGAGUCAGGGCCUCGUGAUCACGACCCAUCACCCUGCCCCAUCCACGGCCCCCUGCAGCUUGGCACUGUCUCCUGUCACCCGGCCUCCAGCCAUUGGGCCUUCCCAGCCUCGGUUAACUUUUGUGCCCCCCAAACCUGUAUCAGUGACUGUAGGGAGGCCCAAACAGCCUCCCAAAAUAGUGCCUGCUCCCAAGCCAGAGCCUGUGUCCUUGGUGUUGAAGAAUGCUUGCCUCGCCCCAGCUGCCUUCUCAGGCCAACCACAAGCAGUGAUCAUGACAUCAGGCCCUCUGAAGAGAGAAGGGAUGUUGGCUUCUACUGUAUCUCAGUCCAACGUGGUCAUCGCGCCUGCUGCCAUUGCCAGGGCUCCUGGAGUGACGGAGUUCCACAGCAGCAUCCUGGUGACAGACCUUAGCCACAGCACGAGCAGCCAGCCUGGCCCCGUCUCCCGGCUCUUCUCUCCAAGCACAGUGCAAGACUCCCUGGUGAAGGGCGAGCAGGUCCCACUGCAUGGGGGCAGUCCCCAGGUCCCUGUCGCAGGGCCCAGCCGGGACUGCCCCAACUCAGGACAGGCCUCUCCAUGUGCGUCAGAACAAAGCCCCAGUCCUCAGUCUCCCCAGAACAACUGCUCAGGGAAAUCCGCAGACCCCAAAAACAUGGCUGCAUUGAAGAACCGUCAGAUGAAGCACAUUUCAGCCGAACAGAAAAGGCGCUUCAACAUCAAGAUGGGCUUCGACACUCUGAACAGUCUGAUCUCCAACAGCUCCAAGCUGACCAGUCACGCCAUCACGCUGCAGAAGACGGUGGAGUACAUCACCAAGCUGCAGCAGGAGCGGAGCCAGAUGCAGGAGGAGGCCCGGCGGCUGCGGGAGGAGAUCGAAGAGCUCAAUGCCACCAUCAUCUCCUGCCAGCAGCUGCUCCCUGCCACGGGAGUCCCCGUCACCCGGCGCCAGUUUGAUCACAUGAGAGACAUGUUUGACGAAUACGUGAAAAGCCGGACCCUGCAGAAUUGGAAGUUCUGGAUUUUCAGCAUCAUCAUCAAGCCGCUGUUUGAGUCGUUCAAGGGGAUGGUGUCCACCAACAGCCUGGAAGAGCUGCACCGCACGGCACUGUCCUGGCUGGACCAGCGCUGCUCCCUGCCCAUCCUCAGGCCAAUGGUGCUGAACACCCUCCGGCAGCUGAGCACUACCACCUCCAUCCUGACAGACCCGUCCCAGCUGCCAGAGCAGGCGUCAGAGGCUGUCACCAGAAUCAGCAAGAGAUCGGGAGAGUCUUAACCGCUUAGCUGGCAUGUGGCCGCAUGAGAUGCCAUGGAGACCCUUUUGCCCGUGGAGAGGAGGCUGCGCCCCCAGGCCUUCCUGCUCAGCUACAGGGCAUCCCUCCACCUCUGCCGGCCCCACGCGGGUCAGGACGCCGCUCAGGUCUGAAGUUCGGGGCCUGCCAACAGCAAUAGCCUGCCUUCGGGAACCCCUUGCUGUGAACUCGCACUCAGUGACCUCAGUCACCCACCUCCUUGCCUGUGGGCAGCCUGGACAAAAGGGAAGUCAGUGCCGGCCGUGCUCGUCCUGUCCUGCUGGUGGCCUGUCAGGGUCCGGUACCAGUGAGGGGGUUGAGGGAGACAAAGCCUGCUCCUGUCUGAGACGUAUGGAUUUGUCCCUCCGCCACGUCCCGUCCACUCUGCUCCUCCGGCUGGGGCCCUGUGCUGCUCUCCGGCCUGCCCAGGGCAAUUGGAAGGUGUCUUUCUUUCUCCCCCUGCUCUGGCAGCAUCUGGCCCUUUGGAUGGAUUUGGGCUUGUGUUCAGGCUGCUGCGGGGAAGUGCCUUUUCCAGAGACCCCCCAGAACACGGGCAGAGAUGGUGCAUGUGUACGCACGCCGGACGGGAAUGGAAGCACACGCGACACACAGCUGCUGCUCUGGCUUGGAAACCCUCCCGGUGGUGUUUCAUCUGUCCUGUGUCCGUUCCACAUGGCAUUGCAGGAUCCAUGGGGACUCACCCAGGGCCUUCUCGGGUGUCACCUCUCUGCCAUGGCCCUUCUGCUGUUAUUCUCCACUUGCUUCUGAGCUGCAGCCACAGACUAGUCAGGUUUGUCCAGAGGGAGCGGUUAACCCUUCAGCUCUGACAUUCAGAGGUCACACUCCACGUUCCUGCCUGUCUCUUGUCUGACGUUCCGCCGGGAGCCCCAAACCAGGACACUUCUCAGACCAAAGAUGUCACCACACUCAAAGUCUGUUCUGUCUUGUGUUUGGAGGAAGAAGCUGAGCGUGGAUGGCAGAACUCUGAGGGUCAGCCCUCGGAGCUGUCUCUGGGCAUCCCCUAGACUGGACAGUAAAGAGCCGUUGCGGGUGGGCAGCAGGAGGGCCGCACGCAGUCUCAGUGCUCGUCCUUGUCUCUGGCUGCCUCUGCAUGCGGCUGCCGGGCAGGGGCUCCUAACACUCAGGAAGCCCAGCCACCGGUCCCUCCUCGUGGAAGAACGCGUUGUAAGGCCUGCUGCGAAGUUCAGAGCAGCCAGCAGGCUUCCACUCCACUUCUGUCCUCCCUGCCACCUCCCCCACGCCCCGCCUGCAGGUCUGGGGAGGGGCGACAAGCGGCCCUGAAGUUUAGAUCAGUCAAAGGAGCUCUCCGGCUCCUGGAGGCUGCAGAACUGGGGCUCCGAGGGGCAGCCAGCUCCGCCUCAGCCUCAGCUGAUGGAGGACAGAGAUGGGGGUCUCCCUGCCCCUGGCUGUGGCACCGCCUCUGCUGUGGGUCACUGACCAGCAGCCUGCUCCCCUGUCCGUGCUGCAGCCCUGCACUAGAGCAGCCUGGGUGGCACCCGCAGCUGCCCCAAAACGUGUUUACAGGCUUUCCGGAUCCCAAGGCAAGGCUGGGCUGGUCCUUGGAAUUUCCACUGGGAAUGGUAAUCGCAUCCAUCCUUUACACCCCAGGAUAAACGUGGAGUCACCUUUCCAAAGGCAAGGCCACCGUGGUAAGAAUUCCACUAAGGUCAGAAGGAAAAAAGGAAAAAAAUUGAACGUUGCUAGCUGUGAGGGCCUCAUGGAGGGCUGUGAGCCCGGCCCUUCCCGAUUCCUGUGCCUUGUAAAACACGCACGUGACCCUGGUGGUUGGCCAAGCGAGCCGAGGUCUCUCCUAAGUCAAUGGUUUUCUCCCCACCCCCUGCUGGGGAGUAAUUUUUUUUUUUU